GUCUUAACGUAAAAAAAAUUGCAUGUCUUCAGGACGUACAUUCAAUGGGGAUGUGCAUGUGCAUGCGUUGUCGUUGGUUUGGGAAUAAUGUGAGAGAAGACAUAACGAGAGAUAGUCAGGCGCGAGGUUUAACGACCAAACGAGGCAAUUAUCCCCUUUGCUCUAAUCCUCAAGCGAUCUAUCAAGUUGACGACACUCCUUUCUAGCCGAGAAAAAAAACCGCUCCAUUGUUGUCGUUAGUUUAUUUUCUAACCCGCUUUUAACAUUGGUAUCCCAAUUUAUUUCUUUUAGGCGGAUGACGACAACGAGUUCAACUGGGAGCUGUGCCUUCCGGACCAGAUGUUCGUGUUUUCGAGCAGGGACAUCCCGCACAUCAUCGAAACCGUGAUCACCACCAUUGAACCUGCACGAUCAAGAUCAUACAAGCCUAUCCCAGCCUAUGUGCUCUUUCUGUCCGCGAGAUUCGCACACAACUUCAGUACACCUGAACUACUGGAGGAGCUGCUUGAGGCGACUGUUACUGCCAUCCGUUCUGUCACCAAGAUCAAACCGGAUGAUAUGGCAUUGACCGCAUACUGGAUAUCGAAUACGAGCUCCUUUAUUCAUUUCCUUCGCAAGGAUGCCGGGCUGCGUCAUACAUCGGAAGCGUAUCAGGAGAAAUUGGAAAUGCUGUUGCAGGACAUGGUGCAUACGAUUAUUCAGGAUGCAGAACGACGAAUGGAGCAGAUACUAGAGCCCGCUAUGCUCGAGCACGACACCAUCAUGGGUUUGGAUGAAGUCAGGUUUCAGUCCGUCUGGGCGUUCAACUUCUGGAGAGGUAUUGGAAGCGGCGGCAGGACGAACAAGCGAGCCAGUGCACCACCCGUACCCUCUUCUCAAUCGCGGUCUACGGAAUCAUUGAGACGGACAUCUCUACAGGCCCAGCGGCCAUCUUCGCCAACACAGAGAAGCAUUACGCCGAGAACAGUGACCACGAUGAUGUCCUCGUUGCUGUUUGUGAUGCAGAUUUACGAUGUCCAUCCAGAGAUCAUCUAUUAUGUAAUCGCGCAGCUCUUAUAUUACAUCUCCUGUGAGGUCUUCAACCUUAUGGUCGAGAACCGAAAGUUCCUGUCGCGCAGCAAGGCUCUUCAGACCCGACUGAACCUCUCUAUCCUGGAAGAUUGGCUUCGUAACAACCAGUUGCCCUCCCGACUCACCGAUCAACUCGCAGCUUUGGUUCAGCUAUUGCAGUUGUUACAAGUGCUUUCGCAGCAGAGCGAUUUGACGACCUGGAUCGAGACACGAAAAAAGGUCGAGUUGUUGAAUCCAGCACAGGUCAAGCAUGUUGUGAGUGCGUACCGCUACGAGGUUAAGGAGCAGAGACUGCCUGCUGAAGUCACCAAAUAUGUGCUACAAGUCGUUGCAGAUACGGAGAAGGUCCGGCGACAGGAAGCAGAGGCUGCAUCCUCUGGAUCGGAGUCGUCGUCCAGAAGAGCCAGCAGCCAGAUAUCGGGCUCCCGCGCGGCUUCGAUUUUUGAGGCGGAGGAGAAUCGAAUGGACAAGGCGAGGAGGACAAGGUCAGGAUCGCGUAGUGGUGACAGUAAUACUGAGCGGGACGAGGAAGAUGCGGACCAAAUGUCCUUGACGAUGAACAGCAAGAUUUGGAACCAUUUCUUGAUGCCGAAGAAUCUUGCGGCCCGCGAUGGAGGUAUCGAGAGGGUAUUUGUCCCGCAGAUCCCGGAGGAUGUCAUGUCUCUCCUGGACAGCAAAACUUAUUUUUGAGAAAAAAAAGAUGCCGUUCGUCUUGUGAAUAUAUCAUUGUACAUGUAUACCAGCGUUUGUCAUAUCGUUUCAACAGCAACAACUCCUCUCACAUUGUCCAUUAAAUACUACGUGAUUUACUGUCAACUUGUUAAUAAUGUGGUUUGGUCAUCGUGAAACUUGCGGUACAGAUUGGUGGAUGAUGCAGUAAAGCAACAGCUCAUAUAAUGAGAGUUUGAAGAUGCCCCCGUCAGCUGUAUCCUCAGCAC